CAUUGAAAUUAAAAGUUUUGUGUUUGCAUUGCAGCUGGAGCUGGUGGUGGUAGUGGGAAGGGCACAGCAAUUGAUAGUAAUGGUCCCUGCAGUGCCUGUGGCCAUCUGCUGUUGCUGUCAAGCUGCUGCUGUAUGCUAAAUUCUGCAGCUGCAUAGAAAUAAGGUGAUGCUGCUUUGGCUUUUGCAGUAACUCCCAUUGCUAACAAACAUAUGUUGACAACUCAAACAUAGAGGAAAAGGGAAUUCAUAUCUCUAGAGAGAGAGUGUGUGAGAGAGAGAGGGAGAUGGGCUCUCAUGAAUUGAUCAUUAUCUUCUUCACGGAGGUGAAAGAUUGAGAGAUCUUUCAUGGGAACAAGAGAGAGAGAGAGAUGAAGUGAACUCCUGCUUGCUGCUGCUUACUCUAUUACAGCUUGCAGAUUAGGUGUGUGUGUGUGGAAACAAGAAAAAGGAAGAGGGUUUUUUUGUUCUUUUUCUUCUUUUGUUCUUGAGGAAAUUCUCUUUUGCUUUUGUUCAAGAAAAGGUAGUGAUAAAAGAAGAGGGUAGGCUGGUUUGGGAGGGUUGGAGUGGAAUCUACUACCAACCCCUGAAAUAAACAGCAAGGGAAGUUAACAUGGAUGCAUAUGAAGCAACAAAGAUUGUGUUCCAAAGGAUCCAAACUUUGGACCCUCAGAAUGCUUCUAAGAUCAUGGGAGUGCUACUCAUUCAAGACCAUGGUGAGAAAGAAAUGAUCCGUUUGGCUUUUGGACCUGAAUCACUAGUCCACUCUGUGAUUCUCAAAGCAAGAAAAGAGCUUGGUUUGGCAUCAUCAAACAUGCCCUCAACCCCUUCAACUCCUUCCUCUCCUUCACCUUUCAGCAACCCUUUGUCUCUUUCAAGGCAGAAUUCUUGUUCUUCAUCGUCACCAGCAGCAGCAGCAGCAGCAGCAGCUUCCUCAAGGCUUCUUGGUGGUGUGAGUCUUCCUUCUCCACUUAGCAUAGCUAGCCAGUCUUGUUCUUGGACAAAUUCCAGCAGCUUCUCAUCAUCAGAUUUCCAGAGCCCGGAUAAUUUGAUCAGUCCCAGUGGGUACAAUGGUAGCUCUCCAUCAACCAUGAAUUCUGCUGCUGCUCCUUUCUAUGCAAGUGGAGAAGUCGACUUGAUUGAUGAGCUUCAGCUUCAAGAUCAGCUAUCUUUCCUCAAUGAUAGCUCACCACCACUAGGCCCAAAAAGCUCUGAUUUUUUCUACCAGCAACAGCAAGAUUUAGCCUCAAGUCCAACUGGAAACGACCCCGUGAUCUUCCCUUCUUAUCCCACCGCUCCCUGGGGUGGCUCCACCGCGGUCAACGGCUUGUCUCACCGUCGGAGCUGCUCAGUUAGUGAUAUUUGCAUGGGGUCUGAUGAUCUGAGUGGAGGGUUUGGAUGGAAACCUUGUUUGUUCUAUGCUAGAGGGUACUGCAAGAAUGGGACCAGCUGCCGGUUCCUCCACGGCGAGGGCGGCGCCCUCGCCGACGGUGGUGCUGUGGUGGGGUCUCCAAGUAAGUUUGAUAUGAUGGAGCAGUGUCAAGAUAUCCUUAGAUCAAAGUCAACUCAGCAGCAGAGGUUGGCUGCAGACUCUCAGCUCAUGGCUACAGCUAACUUCCCUUAUUCCCCACUUCCAGCAAACAAAUGCAUGAAUUUUCUUCUGCAGCAGCAACUUCCACCAGCUGACAGCCCAAGAGCUUUGAUGAUGGGAGAUGGAAUGCAUAAAUUCGGCCGAGCCCGGCUCGAAAGAGGUGAUUUUGGGUUGAAUUGUUUGAAUCCUGGUUCAAGGCAGAUUUCCUUGACAUUCCCUGCUGACAGUACAUUCAAGGAAGAAGAUGUGUCCAAUUAUUUUAGUAACUUUGGGCCGGUUCAAGAUGUGAGGAUUCCAUAUCAGCAGAAGAGGAUGUUUGGCUUUGUCACCUUCGAUUAUCCGGAGACUGUCAAGCUCAUUCUUGCAAAGGGCAAUCCGCAUUUUGUCUGCGAUGCCCGUGUUCUUGUCAAACCAUACAAAGAGAAGGGCAAAAUCCCAGACAAACACAGGAAACAGCAGCAACAGAUGGAAAGAGGGGAAUUCAUUGGAUGUGGGAGCCCCACUGGGCUAGAGUCGAGAGAUCCUUAUGAUCUUCAGCUUGGUUCAAGAAUGUUCUACAACACACAGGACAUGUUAUGGAGGAGAAAACUUGAGGAGCAGGCUGAUUUGCAACAAGCCAUUGAGCUUCAAAACAGGAGACUUAUGGGUCUACAGCUUCUUGAUGUUAAGAGGAACAGCCACCACCGCACUAUUUCCACCGGUGCAGUCAUUUCGUCGCCAACGUACUCCCCGACUUUCUUCAAUCAAAACGCCGUAAUGUCUAGCAACCGCAGCAGCCCAGAAGCCAAAGAAGAAAAUGGCCCAAUGGGUACAACAACAACUCAAGCAAAAGUUUCUGUUGAUCAGGAGAUCCAGCCCACCGCGAAUGUGAUUGAGAAAGAUAAAGAUUUCCAAACCAAGAUCGAGAAUAGCAACUACAAGGAGAGCCCUCCAAAAGAAAGUGAUCAACAUGAACGCUUGGAGCACAACCUCCCGGACAGUCCCUUUGCGUCUCCUAAGGCUGCAGGGGACUACGCUACCGCCUUCUCCAACAACAACUUGGAGACCGGAAAGGGUACUAACAAUAAUCUGAUCACGGGCACUUCCUUGUUUUCUGAUACUCCAUCACUAGACAUGGCUCCGUUCAAAUCAUGCUACUUCCAAGUGCCUAGGUUUGCCUCUGGUCAUGAGGCCAUUGGCAUGUAGGCCUAGAUAUCUUCUCGGCUGUUUCAAGCCCGACGACCACCAAUACACCUAGCCGACGACACCACCACCAUCACCACCACGACAACAACAGUCACCACCAGCAAUAGUUACCAACACUAUACUAGUUACUACCAUAUAUAUACAAGAUGAUACAUAAAAGAAGGCAGUAAAGGAGAGUGGGCCAGCCAUCCAUUUCCUCUCUCAAAUUGUUGUACUCUAUUUUCAGUCUCCUUUCACAUCUGUUAGCUGAAUUUCUUGGACCACACAAGGUAAGGAAAAAAACCAAGAAACAUAGUCAUCCAUCCAUCAUAGUACUAAGAAUCAAACAAGUUCACUGCAUCAGAGGCUGUAAUUUUUUCUCUUCUUUUACCUCACCUUUGAUGGCUUCCCCAUUGUACAAUCCAAGAAAAAACAACCAAGUCUUUUAGGAAAAAGAAUUCACCUGUAUAGGAAGAUGCAGAUGCAGAUAGCAGCAGAAUACUACCCUACAACACUGUCUUAUGCUUCUGUGUAAUUUUUAAGGUGGUAGUGCUCAAGACUAAUUUAUUAUUAGGUACAAAAGUGAAAGAGGGUGCAGUUGUUUUUGCUGCCAUAUGAUCAUAUCAUUGUAAUAUUUUUAUAUUGUACUAAUACAAAAAAAAAUUAUUAUUAUUA